UCCCAAAGCAAAGUGGGCUCAACAUUUGGAUGUGGACCAGGUGAGGCGAGGCGGAUGGAGGGAUGUUCACUGGUGAGUGGUUAGAAUUCUGCGGCUGGUGGGGCAGGCGCAGCUUAAGGGCAUGUACAACGGGCCGGCGACAUCCGUCGACAUGCACGGCAAUUUUGCAAGAGGCCCCUCCGCAGCCCGUGACUACGAGAUGCGGUGCGUGCUCCCAGGCCGAGCGACGAUGGAGGCUCCCGUUGUACGGCGUGCUGCGAGGAGACGGCGGAGGCAUGGAUCCCGUGCGCGCGUGGAGGAGGAAUCGAUUGCCGCCAAAGGCAUGGAAGGGCGCGGCAGCGGCGGCGGCGCGAAAUCUGUUGAAGCUGGAUGCCGCUCGGGUGAACAAGGCCGCUGCAGCUCGGAAGGAUGCGGCGCAUCUGCGAAUCUGCCGGAGGCCGGAGCAGAGGAGCUAGUGCAGGGCAGCGCAUCUGCCGGAGUAGAGGAGGUCCGGCGGAGGUGGGCCUGUGGGUGGAUAUGACGCGGCUACUCCACCAUCCUCGUUCACGGGCGCAUGCUGCUUCUUCAACUCUCAACCAUGGGUUCUUUCCCAAUCUUCAGAUCCUGCGACAUGCUAUUGUCUCCUGCUUCAUUCUUGUGAUGGGUCAAAAUGCUACACCUCCUGGAGGUUUCACAAACUGUCAUUUGCUGAGAUUUGAGGGAGCUAACAAAUUGGGAAGUCUUUUGGCUUGGGACGUUGGACCUUCUGCAAUCUGUACUGAUGAGCGAAUUUUAGUUACCUGUUCAUUUCUUGGAUUCAGUUAAACGCCCUUGUUAACUGAAAUGGAGUGCGAACUGAAAAGGUUGGUUUGUUUGCCUGUCAGAUUUGGUUAACUAUUGCUAUGUGAAUUGAGGUGCCAUGUGAAAUGAAAUCUCGUGUGAAAUAAAAUCCCAUGUGAACGUAAGUGCCA